AGGGAGACUAUAAAAGCCCUGCGAAAAUCAAAUAACAAUUGGGACUACAGAAUUCUAAAACUGCGUUGUAAUCGGAAAAUCUAUCGUCAAAAUGGCGAUGGCUCUCUUCUCUCCGACCUUUUCUUUCAGAAUCUCCACAUCCGCUCCUCAACGCCGCCGCCGCCGUUGUUUUGUGCAGUCCUCUCAGGCCACCGUCGCCAUCGAGGCCCCUUCAUCCUCGACCACUGACCUACUGCUUCAAGUCAAAGACCUCUCUGCCGUCAUCGCCGAGUCCAAGCAGACUAUUCUCAAAGGCGUUAAUCUUACCGUCCGUCACGGAGAGGUUCAUGCUGUGAUGGGGAAGAACGGCUCUGGGAAGAGUACAUUUGCAAAGGUCCUUGCUGGUCAUCCAGAUUAUGAGGUUACAGGAGGUAGUAUAAUGUACAAAGGGCUCGAUCUGCUUGAGAUGGAACCUGAGGAAAGAGCUAUUGCUGGAUUAUUUAUGAGCUUUCAAUCACCGGUUGAAAUUCCUGGUGUAAGCAAUAUUGACUUCUUGAAUAUGGCUUACAAUGCUAGGAGGAGGAAACUUGGAUUACCAGAGCUUGGUCCAAUUGAGUUUUAUGGCUAUGUAGCACCUAAACUUGAGCUCGUGAAUAUGAAGACAGACUUUUUAAACAGAAAUGUGAAUGAAGGAUUCAGCGGCGGAGAAAAAAAGCGCAAUGAGAUUUUACAGCUUGCGGUCCUUGGUGCAGAAUUUGCUAUAUUAGAUGAAAUUGAUUCUGGUUUAGACGUGGAUGCUCUUCAAGAUGUAGCAAAAGCAGUUAAUGGUGUCCUCACCUCGAAGAAUUCAGUUCUGAUGAUCACCCACUAUUUACGUCUUCUAGAAUUCAUAAAGCCAACAUACAUCCACAUAAUGGAGAAUGGCCGGAUAGUGAAGACUGGGGAUAUCUCCAUAGCUGAAACUCUUGAAAGAGAAGGGUACAAAGCAAUUUCUUGAACAUAAUUGGGACGAGUAACCGAGGUUUGCUCUGUUGUAUUCAUGUGGAUCUUGAGAAGCUGCUGGCUCUACCGGCUUAUUCUAUGUUUCCAAUCAACAGCUUAACCGCGUCUUUCAGUUCUGCAGAGCCUACUGUAGAAUGGAAACAUGUUACAUCUUCCUCCCCAUGAGUAUGAGACAAAAUAAAGGCAGGCUAGUUUGAUUCAGAAAUAAAAGCUAAGUGUAGUAUCCAAUUCUACCAGUUUAGCUCCAAAAUUAAUUUUUCACAUUUGCUAAUUUUCAUAGUAUUUGGUUUUUGUAAUUUAUAUGUUGUCCCUUGUAAUUUUAUGAUACUGGAAAAAUCAAUGUUUUGAUGGGAAAAUAUGAUGCAAGUGGUAA